AUGGAGCCAACUAUUUCUCUUCUAUGCGAAGGUUUCGCCUUCGCUAUUCCGGAAUCUACGGCGAAAGAAUCCCCUGUGCUCUCACAAGUUAUCGAAAGCCUGCCUGAGGCUCCGAUACGUGUGAUUCCAAUUACCUCCUUCGAUCUCGAUGCAGUGAACUGCUUCGUUGAAUUCUUGAACAGCAGGAACUAUGAGGUCAAUCGAACCCUAUUUCCGAGUGUUGUGGAACAUGGGCUUUGCGUCUUCGCACGGCAUGAAAUACAAAAGAUCCUACAAAGUCACUGGACCGACGGGGCCUUCUUGGCCGUUCUCAACGUUGCCCUUACACACCCCGAUGAUGAGUUGCACAAGGUCCUGUGGUCUCAAGCUCGCAGUCACUUGCAUUCAUUGACGGCAACCUCUGAAUUCGACCCAGCCACAUUUCUACGAAGCUUUCAUAGCAGCCUAAGAACCUGCCCCUCUAUUCGCACCACCAUGACCGACUCUGCAGAAGUCGAGAGGCUCAUGGAACAAGUCACACUUUUCCAAAAGCGAGCCUCCGAGCUCUCUAUCGAGCGCGAAGAACUUGACACUCGGCUCAAAGAAGUCUCUAGCGAACGGGACGAGCACUGCCAAGAGCUCAAGUCCCAUAUCUCAGCCCUCCAACAUACUCUAUCAGGUGCCAAGACCGCGUUGACAAUAUGUGUACAAGCUGAGAAGAAGUUGAAGGAAGCCAAUGAGCGUUAUACUGCAUCAGAGGCGGAACACACAGCGAAGCUUAACGAAGUAGAAAAGAGCCUGUCGGCCUGUCAAACCGAAUUAAGAGUCACAAAUGCAGAGCGGAACCUUCUUCACGUGCGAUGGAAAGACGAAAAGGCUAAAUCAGCCGCCCUCGUCAAGGAAGUCGACGACUUGAAACUUGAUAUCGACCUCGAGAGAAACAUCAAGGACACUAUACCGACCUCAGUUCGGGAUGAGCUAAAGCAGGCCCUCAAGGCCGAGCAACGGGAAGUGAAAAGGCUCAAUACGAAGCUCGAAGACGCCCAGCGGUCGUUUCAGGCAACCACAUCCAUGCCUCAGGCCGAGAGGGACAGGCUCUACGAGUCCUUGGGGGCAGAAAAGAACAAGGUUCUCAAUUUCACGAGAGAUAGAGAUGAAGGUGACAAUAUCUUGGUGAGAUGCGAUCGUUGCCGUACACGACAUUGGCAUGAUUGA